AUGCGCUUCGGGAAGUUCUUACCCUUCCUGGCUCUUGGCAUCCUGGUCCUGUACCAGGCGGGACUGCUCCAGGCAACACCAUUCAGUUCUGACUCGGAGGACACCUCCAAUCCUGCUUCCCUCAAUGAGGAAGAAGACCUCCUUCUGGCCAUACUGGUGAAGGAGUUGCUGAAGAAGAUGGCCCGGGAGAAGGAGCAGGUGACAGCGGGCUCCAGCUUCACUGCCCAGAAGAGAGCCUGCAACACUGGCACCUGCUUGACCCAAAAGCUUGCAGGCUUGCUGAGCAGGUCUGGAAGUGUGGCACACAAGAACUUGCUGCCUUCUAGCAUGGUCUCCAAUGCCGCUCCCCGGAAAGCCAGGGAUCUUGAUGCGUAAGCACCUGAAGGACUCCAGGAGGAAGAUCACCAUGAAGCUGAACCCUACCUACUUCUUUAAAUUUAUCACAAA